AUGGACGCGUUUUCAGAUUCAGGAGAGCUUUACGCUAUAAGGUUUCAGUUUUACACUCAUCAGCAUAAUAAAGUCAAGGCCUAUUCACUCGAUGAGUUUUCACCUGAGAACCAAUUGAAAGUUUUUGAGUUUCAAAUUCGAUCAACUAUAGCCUUAGAGCAGGAUGCAUCGCAAAUGAUAGAAGACGGUAAAUUGAAAUUCCCUGGUAACGAAGAAUUGUUUCAGCUAUUACAAGCAUGGAACGAUUUGAAAGAUUUCGGUACUGAUGAUUCAACAUACUUUGAAGAUUUGAAAGUUGCCAAAUUUGAAUUACAAGCUAUAUUGACAUCAUUGUAUUUGAUCAAGUUUGAAAAGGAUAGUGAUCAAAGUAUCAAUUUCCUUACUUUGUAUAUUGACAAUAUGAAGAGCCCCCAGAAACUUAAUGAAAUUGAAGUGUUUCUAGUAUUAAUUCAACUAUAUUUCGUUACCGGCAAUUUCAAAGCUGCAACGAGUAUUUUCAGAACUUUGAACUCGUUCCCUGAUUUUGCUAGGGAUAAUAUUAUUUAUCAGAUUAUCGAAAGCUGGUAUAAGAGCAUAAAGAAUGGCAAUGAAAAUAUAACCAAUGCAUAUUACUUUUAUGAUGAGAUAUUGAAUAAUAAUUACAAUGAUGAGGAUUAUAGAGGUAAAGUUGAGAAUUUGAAUAGAUUGUUAGUAUUGACAUUGCAAUUGAAGCAUAUUCCCGAGGCGCAAGAAAUAUUGAAACAGAUACAGCUGAUAAUUGAGGAGAAUAAAGAAAUAUCUGAAGAUACCAUUAGUUCUGGUGCUGGUACUACUAUGAGCGUACAAAAGGGAGAUAUGAUUGCUAAUCAAAUUGCAUUAGAUCGAUUGGUUAAUUUCGGGAAAGAAACAAGUACAUUGUUGGAGCAAUUGAGGAAGGUUAACCGUGAGCAUGAAUUGCUCAAGGAUGAGGAGAAGAAGAAUGAAAUUUUUGACAAGAUUGUUGCAAAGUAUCAAACCGUAUAG